AUGACCUUCCAAGCGCCUCAAAAUACGACCCCCCACGAUCCAUCUCUAUCCUCACAACCUGCUCCUUCUCCUGCUCCCGCCCCCUCGGCGCGUCACUAUCCACAGCAGCAGCAGCAACUGCCACAACCCCCUUAUUACCAUCAGCAGGUCCCAAGCCAGUAUUCUUCUCCACAGUCUCAACACCAGUGGCAGCAGCAACAGCAGCAGAUCGCCAUGAUGAAUGGUAUGAAUGGCACAAAUAUGGCGACGGGAAUGCCUGUCCCCACGCCUGCGGGCCACCAGGCUGAACUCAAUUACAUCUACGGCAUGGUCGAAGAGCUUAGCCGUCAACUGGCAGAAAACCGUCGAGUUACAGAGGAUAUUGUUAGUGGGCUGGGACGAGUGAGGAACAAGGCCAAAACACAAGGUGUCAGCAACCAACAAGUUAUCGAAAGCGCCGCAGAAGACAUUAAUGGUCAAGAACAAAACAUUGAUGCUCUCAUCUCUCUCCUUACCGAAUCCCUUGAAAAGGCAAAGUUCAGCCGUGAUGCCAACGCCAAACUCCUAUCUCAGUAUGCCAACGCCAUGGCCAAUCUUCUGCGACAGUUCCACGAAUACAAGACCAAGCACGUCAGCGAUGUAGCCUCAUGGCACCGCUCCUACCGCAAGCAACUUGCCGAUGCGCGCGAUGAAAACGCCCGACUGCGUGAACAGAUCUGGCAGAUGCAGGCACAUGCUGGCAAGGCGAAUGAAAACCUGCGCCAGUAUAGGCGCAAGUACGACGAGGAUGAAGGUCGUUGGAAUAAACUCGUCGAUGAGAAGGCGCAUCGCCAGGAGCUGCGGUUCUGGAAGCGCAUGGCUAUGCCUGAGCUAGACGACGACGACCCUUACUGGAGCGACGACGACGACAUUAUUGACCCUGCCGAAAAGGAGCGUCUACAUGAACUCGACCUUAAGGCGGCGCAAGAGCAACUGGACAGCCAGGCUGAGGAUAGUGACGGCCAGGGUCCUCCUCCACAGCUGCCACUACCUGGAAUGGGAAUUGGCAUGGGAAUGAUGGGGGGAAUUCCUAUGCAGCGAGAAGAUUCAGGGUCCGGCCAUGGCGUACCUUCGCUCCCUCCCCGACCAUCGAGUGCGGCAUCGAGUACAGGGUCGACAGGGCAGUGA